AUGACAGUGGUGAAGUCCAUUGAGCUGGUGGUGCCAAGGGAUGUCUACUUGGCCGGCUCUGAGGUGGAUGGACAGGUGAUUCUGAGCCUCCACAGCACCCUGAUCAAUCCCCUGCUGGACGUUCAGCUGAUUGGAAGAGGUUAUCUGGAGUGGAUGGAAGAAUCUGACGGCAACAAGGAUUACAGCCAGGCCUCCAGCUACAUCAACCGGGCCGAUUACGUCCACAGGAAGAAAACGUUCCAUAUCGAAGGAAACUGGCUGGACCCCGGUGUCCACACGUUUAACUUCGGCCCGUGCUGCCUCACGAGGAAUCGCACCAACCUUCACCAGUCAGUUAGGAGCAUCUGCUACUUCGCACCAGGCCUCUGCUUACCCUACCCUUUGGUGGUAGAAGUGCAGAAGCGACUCCGCAACUUCUGCUGCUUCAACAGUUCCCCCAUCACAUUACGCAUCUCUCUGUGCAAGAACAUCUUUGCCCCCGGGGACAGCAUCUCCUUCACCACCGAGAUCACCAAUCAGACAGGCAAGUCCAUCAAGAAAGUGGUUUUCAUUCUCCACUCAGUCGUCUUGUACAAGGGCUACAACCUGAGAGCUGAGCGGCGCACCUUGGAAGAGCGUAGCGACAUGAUGCGCUUGGAGUCGCACCUCGAGGCAGGGUCCUGCGUGGACACGAAGAUCCACAGCACUCUCGUGCUGCCCAAAGUCAUGCUAGUCACCAGCUCUUGCAAGUCUGAUGACAUCAUGGACAUCGGGUAUGAUUUGACAGGGAACGUACACUUCCCCUGCAUGAGCACCGUGGAAGCUCAGAUUCCCAUCAUUAUACAAAACGAAGCUGUGGAAACCAAAGAAUAG